AUGUUUAAUAAACGAAUCAACGACUUCCUUUCCCAUCACGCCUAUGUGACUCAGCCGUUCAUGACGUUUUUGGUUCUGGGUGCGUGUAUUGUGAAACUCUUGGUGGCUAUUGAGAUUUUUGUUAGAGAAAAUCCGGUAUCCGUUGAUUUACGGCGUUUCCUUCG